GUUAUCUUCGAUCCGAUUGGUCAGUUGAGAGGGCCGUCCAAAGGAAGCGUCUCCGAAACUAGUUUGACAUCCGGAGUUCCUGAAAGCAGCCGGGUGGAGUGAAACGCUGCAAAAUUCACCAGUGCGAGAAGAUGGAUCUCCUGCCGCUGUUGUUGCUGGUUGCCCUCUGUGUCCUCCGGUCCUCCAGUAAACCCAUGGAAAAGAAGGACCGCAUCCAUCACGACGCCCCCCUCAGCAGCAAGGAGCACGAUGACGAAGAGAACUUCGACUACGACCACGAAGCUUUUCUUGGGCAGGAGGAGGCUAAAACCUUCGAACAGCUCACCCCAGAGGAGAGCAAAGAGAGACUGGGUAAGAUUGUAGAAAAGAUUGAUGAGGAUCAGGACGGCUUUGUGACUGCUGAUGAGAUGAAACGGUGGAUCAAACACGCUCAGAAGCGAUGGAUCUAUGACGAUGUGGACCGGCAGUGGCAGGCUCACGAUCUCAACUCAGACACUUACGUCUCCUGGGAGGAAUACAAGAACGCUACCUACGGCUACAUCCUUGAUGAAGCAGAUCCUGAGGAUGGCUUCAACUACAGGCAGAUGAUGGCUAGAGAUGAGCGCCGUUUCAAGAUGGCUGACCAUGAUGGUGACAUGAGGGCCAAUAAGGAAGAGUUUACAGCGUUUCUUCAUCCUGAGGAAUAUGACUACAUGAAGGAUAUUAUAGUGCUGGAGACCAUGGAGGACAUUGAUAAAAACGGAGAUGGUUUCAUCGACCUUAAUGAAUAUAUUGGCGACAUGUACAGUCAGAAUGGAGAUGCAAAUGAACCAGAAUGGGUGAAAACAGAAAGGGAACAGUUUACAGAGUUCAGGGAUAAAAACAAAGACGGACGUAUGGAUAAGGACGAGACCCGUGACUGGAUCCUGCCCUCUGACUACGACCAUUCUGAGGCUGAGGCCAAACACUUGCUGUACGAGUCUGACGCAGAUAAGGACGGACGCCUCACAAAGCAGGAAAUUGUGGAUAAGUAUGACUUAUUUGUCGGGAGCCAAGCGACAGAUUUUGGAGAAGCUCUGGUUCGACACGAUGAGUUUUAAUUGUGGAAACUUUGAACAUAAAAACUGCAAAACGAACACUAAUUUAUUUUACGAAUUCAAGCAUACCACGUUGUGAAUCAUUACUGUUUACGAAACAUUUCUGUUCUUCCACAGCAUCUCGAUCAAAUGCAUUUUUUUUUUUUCUCUUCAUUUUGGCUUUUAUCGUGAACUUUUCAUAGAUUAACGUUCAUCACCGUUGGAUUCUGAUGUGAUUUCAAAUGCACUGAUGAAAUAGUAUUCAGGUCAGCUUGUGAAGCUUGUCAAAGUGUUGCGUAGAGGUUUGUCUGAUGGUCUAUAAUGCACUAAAAUGCAUCUAUAUAAUGCAGCAUAAAGGCAUGUGUGUAACCCGACACUGCAUAGAGCAAUAACUGCCCACUAGUGUUUUUACACGGCACACUAUGAACUUUUUUUUUUUUUUUUUUUUUUUUUAGUUCUAUAAAAAAUAAUACCUUUUAUGUACACUUAAUAUAAACUAUCUUUCAACCACUACAUAUAUGCGUUUAUCUCCAUUUUUACCAGAGGAUCUGGACAUGACGCUCAGUCCUAGUAGAUGUUGCAUGGCUCAAAAUACUAACCAAGCAUUAGUAACAUUAGUUUUUGUCACUCUAUAGACAAAUGCUGUGUGUAGAAUUGAUCAAUCAACCGAUUCAUAAAAUAAACCCCUUUCUUGAAGGACUAUUGAACGUCAUUCCAUCAACAAACUAAAGCUGUACUUUCCUUAAGUGCCUUUUUCCAUCUCCCUCAACCUAUUGUGCUUUACUGACUUUAUUUUUGGUUUUCUUCCCUGUGCAGUUUAUUACUGAAACAAUCUUCUAACGUUAUUAUAUAAUUUGUGUAUAUAUGUUUAUAACUGAAUGUGAACUGUUCAUUAUGCUGUGGUCAGGUAUUGUAAAUACUGUCUUAUAGCAGAGUGUUUUCUCAAUAAAAUUCCUAAAAAUGUA